UGGAUUAGGAAAAAUAAGUCAGGAUGGCAGAGGUGAAGCUUCAUGGAUUUUGGUAUAGUCCCUACACUUUGAGGGUGGUAUGGACCUUAAAGUUAAAGGAUAUACCAUAUCAAAACAUAGAAGAAGACCGCUACAAUAAGAGUCUUCAACUUCUUGAAUACAACCCAGUAUACAAGAAAACUCCAGUGCUUGUCCAUAAUGGAAAACCCUUAUGUGAGUCCAUGCUUAUUGUUGAAUACAUUGAUGAGAUUUGGUCACAUAAUUCAUUACUUCCUGCUGAUCCCUACGAGAGAGCUCUGGCAAGGUUUUGGGUUAAAUAUGCUGAUGAUGACAUGUUUUCUGCAGUUAUUGCAUUCUUCCUUAGCAAUAAUGAUGAAGAGCGAGAAAAGAGCAUAGAGAAGAUAUGGGAGCAUCUCAGGGUUGUUGAGAAUCAGUGUUUUGGUGAUCAGAAGAAAUUUUUUGGGGGAGACAUUAUUAACAUUAUGGACAUAGCUUUUGGGUCCAUAUUCAAAAUUCUUGUGGUUGCAGAAGAUAUUCUUGACGCGAAGGUCCUGGAAGAUGAGAAAUUCCCUCACUUGCAUUCAUGGUAUAAUAAUUUCAAGGAUGUUGCAGUUAUUAAAGAAAACCUCCCAGACCAUGAGAAAAUGGUGGCUUUUGCUAAGUUUAUUAGAGAAAAACGUUUGGCAUGUACCUAAGAAAGUAAUCUUAUAUGAGAUCAAGUAUGAAUCACUUUGUAUCUGUCUGAAUCGUUUUGUUAUGCGUGUUUCUUUAGUUUCCACUCCAUUAUUAGGAUGUCUUGACAUAUCUGUGAAAGCAAUAAAAGUUUAAUGGGAUGUACUGGAUUAGAAUUUUAGAAA